UUUGCCACCAGCCACCGACGUAGUAAGAUCGCAACUGGAAAUUAAAUUUUCUGGUCAAUAAAAAGUUUAAUUCAAAUGAUCAAUCCAGUGUUUUAGUGCCCAAAUUGAAGGAUUCAUUUCGAGUUAUAUAGAUUUAUUUGUACUGUAGCCUCUAACGAAUUGAGGAUUCUGCGAAUGACGAGAUAUUUCAGACUAAUUUAGUCCAACGCCGGCAGUGCUGUAGCUACUAGAAGUGUCAUCCUGUCGUCAUCCCAACGAAGAUUGUACGUUCAUCGAUUGGUUCUCCGAUGGUGAAGUUCCACAUACAUGAUUUAUCAUGAUGCGUGUUGCUUGCCUUCUUACACUAUCGAUUUUGUCCACUUGUUCCGGGAUUCCUAUUGAACUUGAAAAUCGGGCAGAUCUCAUUUUAAACUACAAAAACCUCACCGAAUUCGACGUUUCUUCGGCCACAUUGACGGAAGUCAUAUAUCUUUCACUGCAGGGAAACAACCUCAUCACGUUUCCUCGCUACAUUAACCACGAUCUGCCGGAAGUGGAAAGGAUAAAGCUAACAGACAAUCCACGAAUCACUUUCCCAUCGGAUGGAUCUCCUUUUUUGAUAUCGUGGAGCCUUAUUGAACUGGAACUCGAAAGCUGCGGGAUACAAGAGAUAUACAAUGAAUCACUCAGCUGCCUGUACAAGAUGGAGGAGAUAAACAUGGGAAGCAAUCUGAUCAAACAAAUCGACAAAGACGCCUUCCGGGAGAACCAUAACUUGCGCAAAAUUGAUCUCAGCAACAACAAUUUAGCAACGGUCCCGAUUAACAUGUUGAAAGGUCUGGAAAGAAUGAAGGAAAUCGAUUUCAGUUACAACAGGAACCUUGCUGCACGUUUGAAUCGCCCGUUUCUGAUGAGCAAUACUCUACAAAUUUUGAAAUGCAGCUACUGUGGGUUCAGAGAAACGACAGAGAUUACAUUCGCGUACUUGCCAAACCUCAGAGAACUACGCUUGGAAGGCAACCUGCUUCUGCGGGUCCCGGUCCUCUUGAUUCCAAACAUUGUAGUAAUCGGAAAAGAUCCGGACAGUGUAAUGACGAAUUGUAGAAUACUAGCGUCUCGUGUUUCGAAGGACCAUAUGAAAAACGACGAAUUUAUUUGCACUCUUUUGUUUUUGUAGUUUUAAGAUCAGCAUCUUUCUCGAACAAGCAUGGUGAUAUUUAAAUUCGAAAUUCGGAAAACUCGAAAACCUAACUACGAAAAGAGCCAAACUCAUAAAAUAACCUUAGCUUUACCCCUCUACCGGCAGCUUCAUUUUUGAACCAUAACCUACGUAUGUAUCUCAGGCUAUAGAAUUUUUAUCAU